GCUACCCUUACCUCACCCACACAGAGCUAGCUGCCCGGCUCGCCUGCCUAGGCAAAGGCAAUAUAUACAUUUUUCGCCCCCGGUCAGAGGGGACGAUUUAUCUCCGCUGCGCUCGCUGUCCGUCCACAUCCUCGAGAUCGAGCUCUUUGCGCCUUUCAUCCUAUAAUCUCUUGCGCACGCGCAUACAUACCGUCACACACCCUCGCCCCCCCUCGCCCCCCCAGGUAUAGUGUAGCUAUUCGGAUCGCAUUCUAUCGCAUUCAAGUUGCGCAUCACGGCGCAGCGCAUCGCAUCGAAUCGCAGCUGGCGGCGACCGACCAGGGGGCUUCCACACCAAUGUCUGAAGCUGUUAAUAGCGGGUCCUCCGCAGGCGCUGCCGCCGCCAGUGGGAAUACCAGGACGGCCGGCAUCGGUAGCAGCGGCAGUGGCAGUGGCAGUGGCAGCGGCAGCGGCAGCGGCAGCGGCAGCGACAACAGCAACGACAUCAACAACAUCAACAACCACAGCAACAGCAGCUCCAGUGCAAGCUCCACCGUUGACCACCGGCGACAUCAACAAGGCCGAAGCAAUGCGCAGGAAUUAACCUUGGACGACGUCAUGAGGGCGCCGUCGUCAACACUCCCUGACGUCGUUGUCUUGGAUUCUAUGCCCGAAGGCCUCGGGCGCAAGGAGGUUCUGGAUCCAAAGGAAGAUCUAUGGCUCUCGACUGCCGACGGACGCUACAGCACGCCCGUCAUCCCCCUGCGCGUCGGCGAGCCGCCGUAUGCCGAGACCUUCUACGUGCACAAGCAUAUCCUCCUGAAGUCUGAGUACUUCGAGAAGGCUCUUUGCGGCCAGUUCAGAGAGUCUAGCGCCCAAUCCAUCGAUCUUCCCGAAGAGAAUCCGGCCAUCUUCCAUUUUCUUAUCGCCUAUCUUUACGAGGGCCGCUAUGACCCUAUAAAGCCCAUUGCCUCCGUUCUCGUGCCUGACCAAGACAAGGGCAAAGGGAAAGAAGCCGGCCCGGAAACGGGUGUUGAGUCGGAUUCGGACGACUCGGUAGGCUCGUAUGGAUCUGAUAUAAGCGCAGUGUCUCGACGGCGGCGGGAGCGUCGUCGCCGACGAGAGGAGCGGCAUUGGGAACGGAUUCGCCAGAAGCAUCCCGGCCACCACCGGCCCAACUGCAACUGCCCACAAUGCCUCUCGGCAACGGGCCCUCCAUGUUGGCACUGCCAAGCACCACGUGCACCGCCGCCGCCAGUUCCGAUGCCGCACCACCCAGGGGUUAUCCUCAUUGAGCGAGACAUGCAUACCCGGGUCGAGCGACCCCAGCGCCGGCCCCCCCGGAGGCACCAUGGGGCUCAGCAAGGGCCGCGGCCCGUGACGCCCCCGCCAAUGCCUGGCGCCGGCCCUGAUGGUGGUGCCUGGGGUCCUGCGGACCAUCUGAACGGCGGCGGGCGCAUCUCUGGCGAAGACUUGCGCACGUGGCUGCUGGCUUACGAACUCAACGUGGACGUGUACAUCCUAGCCAACAAGUUUCUACUCGAGGGGUUCAAGCGCGAGAUUGCGCGCGUCGCCAUCGACAUGCUCGAGACGGCCGGUGCCGACGCGGCCGUGCCCCAGGUCUUGUUUUUGUGCCACAAGCUAUACGAGGGCCUGCCCGAGAACGAUAUGCUGCUCAAGAUGAUUUUUGCUCGCGUCGGCUUUCUGCAGCCGUGGCGCCGCGCCCCCGAAGAGACGCAGGACUUUCUGGUCGCCCACCCCGAGAUUGCCCCGCUCCUCCUCCGCGAGAUGGCCGCGCGCCGCGAGGAGGACUUCAACGGCCGCAACCUCCCCAGCAUGGAGCGCCCCUGGGUCCCCACGCACCCCCCCGUCGAUCCCGUCAGCCCGUACCACCGCGCCGCGCCGCAUUACCAUCACCAUUACAGAGGGCCGCCGAGGUGGUGAAAGUGAGGUGCUAGGGGUGGGUGGGAGUGAAUGCCGUGGUUAUGACUGAACCCCAAAUUUCAGUCGGCAUUUAUGCGUGUGUGUGUCUCUAUGUGUUUUUCUUUAUGUGACUUCUAUCUCUCUGUUGGGUUGGAUGAAUGUUGGGUGGAUGAUUUUCAGUUUCUUUUGUCUGGUCCACGGGGCUCAGCCGGGUUUAGGGGGCUUUGCUUAUUUACGAUAUCCCCCCGCAAGGAAGCUUGGGUGUUUAUUUAUUUCUUGGUUUCCAAAACGUGAAGGUGGUGUUUGUGUCU